AGGUCACACCCCACACACAAGCCUUUGCUUUGGGACAGAUAUCUAGGCAGUCCCUAACUUCUAGUGGCUGAAAUGGAGCUACUGGAAAUCAUUACUCCUGCCCUUGUGAUUUGUGUCUCUUGCCUGAUUUUCCUUUUUGUGUGGAGAAAAAGUCACAAAGGGGGAAGGCUCCCUCCUGGCCCAAUGCCUCUUCCCAUCAUUGGGAAUAUGCUGCAACUGAACCUCAAGAACAUCCCUGCAUCUCUCUCUAAGCUGGCUAAAGAGUAUGGCCCUGUUUACACCCUGCAUCUUGGACCCCAGCUCACUGUGGUCUUACACGGAUAUGAAGCAGUGAGGGAAGCUCUAAUUGACCGGGGUGAUGAAUUCCUUGGCAGAGGACGUGUACCAAUUAUUGACGAUACCCAGAAAGGAUAUGGAAUCCUUUUCAGUAAUGGAGAGAGGUGGAAGCAGAUGCGGCGAUUCUCCCUCAUGACCCUCAGGAACUUUGGGAUGGGGAAGAGGAGCAUUGAGGAGCGAGUGCAGGAGGAAGCCCGCUGCCUGGUGGAGGAGUUCAGGAAAACUGAGGCUCAGCCCUUUGACCCCACCUUCAUCCUUUCCUGUGCUCCCUGCAAUGUAAUCUGCUCCAUCCUCUUCAAUGAGCGUUUCCAUUACAAGAACGAGAAUUUCCUCUCCCUGAUGGAUUUGUUAAAGGAAAAUUUUAAGCAAAUAAGCUCUCCAUGGACCCAGAUGUACAAUCUCUGGCCAACCCUCAUAAGGCAUCUUCCUGGAAAGCACAAAGCAUUUUCAAAGAGACUUAAUGAUGUGAAAUACUUCAUUCUGGAAAAAGUGAAGGAGCAUCAAAACUCCCUGGAUCCGAAUAACCCUCGGGACUACAUUGAUUGUUUCCUCAGGAGGAGGGAGCAGGAGAAACAUAACCCAGAGUCUGAAUUUGAUUUGGAGAACUUGGCAACCUGUGGAUCCAAUUUGUUUUCAGCCGGAACAGAGACAACAACUAGCACCCUGAAAUUCGGGCUCCUGCUCCUGAUGAAACACCCGGAAGUGGAAGCCAAAGUUCAUGAAGAAAUUGACCGUGUGAUUGGACGUGACCAAAGCCCUUGCAUGAAAGACAAGAUGAAACUGCCCUACACGGAGGCCGUGCUGCAUGAGAUACAAAGAUACAUCACCCUCCUUCCUUCUAAUUUGCCCCAUACUGUGAUCCGGGACACGAAAUUCAGACAAUAUGUCAUCCCCAAGGGCACUACUAUAUUGCCACUAUUGUCUUCAGUCUUAUUCGAUUGCAAGGAAUUUCCCAACCCUGAGAGGUUUGAUCCAGACCACUUUUUGGAUAAAAAUGGCAACUUCAGGAAAACGGAAUACUUUGUGCCUUUUUCCCUUGGGAAACGGGCCUGUAUCGGAGAGGGUCUAGCCCGCAUGGAGUUAUUCCUGUUCCUCACCACCAUCCUGCAGAACUUCUCCCUGAAGCCCCUGGUUGAGCCAAAGGAGAUAGACAUCCAACCCCUUGUCACUGGGCUUAUCAACAUCCCACCACCUUACAAGCUAUGUCUUAUUCCUAGAUAAAGAGCUUUUAUCUUUAAUCACUCAAAUCAAAGUAAUUGCUUUUAUUCCCCCUAGAAAUAAUCUCCCUCUUCCUUUUAAAUGUUGCCUGGGAUAGAAACACUACUCACUAAAAGAUGAUGGACAUUUGUUCAAAUCUACAAAACCCUAGAGAAAAAGGGGUUGUUUCCUGAAAAGCCCAAGGUUACAAAUAAUAUUUUAUAGUACCUCAUAAACCAUAUUCCAGUGGAACCAAGACCAGAUCCAAGAAGGCCUUUAUCAGAGACAAUCCACAAAUUGUAUAGACUUCACUAUUUUUCUGGUUUUGGAAAUAUGCUGAUUUUCUUUAGUUGUUUUUUUUUUUUUUUUAAAGAUAGACAAAUUAAUAUACUAGCCUAUAGUAUUUUUCUAUCUCCCAUUGAAAUCAUUUAUGAUUCCUGCCACAUUCAUAAAAUAAAGCCUUAUUUCCACAAUCGA